GAACAAAUUGAACAAAUUACUGCUUCUAUUAAAUCAGCAGAAAUAAUAAUGAAUACAAAUAAAAUUGUUGCUAUGCUUUUACGAUGGAUCAUAUAUAAUCAACAGCCAUUUUUUGUUAUAGAAAAUAAAAAAUUUAAUGACCUAGUUGCGAUAUUAAAUCCUUGGUAUAAGCUUCCAAGUCGACAAACUAUUUCUAUAAAGAUACAAGAGCUUUAUGAAAAACAAUAUGAAAAUCUUAAAAAUUAUUUUAAAAAUCAUGAUAGUAAAAUGACAUAUACACAUCAAGCAUAUAUGUUAAUAACUUUUCAUUGGAUUGAUAAUAAAUGGAAAAUGUAUCAUAUAUUAUUAGAUUUGGUACCUCUUCAUGAAAGACACACAGGCAAAACAAUAGCAAAUACUGUUUAUAAUACUAUUAAUUAUUUUGAUCUUGAGGAAAAUAUUAUAUCUGUAACUACAGAUAAUGCUUCAAACAUGGAUAUAUUUAAAUAUGAAUUUGAGUGGUUACUUUUUGAAAAUCAUGGAAAUAUAUUAUUUCAUUAUGUUAGAUUUAAAGAUGGUCUUGAUGAAGUUGGACUAUCAAUCAAAAAAGUUAGAGAAUUUACAUCUUCUAUAUGUUCGUCACAAAAUUUAACAUAUACCAUGAUAGAAAAAUUAUGUAAGAUUCGAGAUAUUACUGAUAUUUUAGUUACAUCAAAUCCAUCACUCAGAAAUACAUAUCCAACUGAUGAUGAUUGGGAGGAACUUGACAUGAUUGUUGAAUUACUUAAACUAAUUUAUUAUGCUACUAAUCUACUUUUCUCAUCAAGUUAUCUGACUCUUGAAGAUCUUCAUAUGAUAUUUCUUAUUAUUAUACAUACAAUAAAUGAAGCUCAAAACAAAAAUAAAAAGUAUUGGGAUGAACUCAAAGAAACAUUUUACGAAUCUGUGGUUCUUGAUCCAAACAACAAGUUGAUUUAUUUUUGUAAGUCAUAUGGUGUUGUUACAAAUAAUGAUAGCAUUCUUAAAGAAUAUCUUGUUCUACCUGUUGAAGAAGUUGAUGUUCUUGAUUAUUGGAAAGUUAAAUCUACAGAUUCUUAA